UUUAAAGAAUUAAGUUUUAGUAAUCACAAAUACAAGAAAUAUGGGUGGUGUUUUGGCUUUCAAUUUCUGAAAGACAUACAAUGAAAGUGUUUCCAUGUUAAAGACAAGACCAAAUUUCUUUUGCUAGCACUGUACACAUUGGAUGCAUUCAUUACUGAACCAGGCAUAAGCAGGGAAAGCUCUUACAGUCUCAGUAACAGACAACUCAUGGCACCAAGCCUUUGGUUAAGCCUCCUGCCAGCAACCUGAUUCAAGGCUGCUUCUAGCUUUUCUCCUGAGCAAGCUCUUUGUUCUGUGUUCUCUGUGACAAAUGAUCGAGCAGUUCACUAUUACUGCCGUGUUUUAAUAGAAUUGAAUUUAUUAUUUUUUUAUUUACCUGAUUGCACAGCAAGUUCCCUGAAAUAAAGGAAUAGUGAGAAGUUCCACUGAAACACACUAUGAGGGUUUAUUUCUCUCAGCCUAAAGUCUGUCAGCAAGGUAAACGGUCUGUGUAAACAAACUUCAUUCAUUUUUAAUCAUUGCUUUUGGCCUAAACUUGAAAAUAUGAACAGCAUUCUAACUGAAGCUUUUCCCUGUAAAAUGAAAUAGAUUUGUAAUUACUAUGACUACAAGCAUAGUUUUAGAACACUUUAAAGAAUUUUAUUAUUUACCAGGUGAUUAUCAUUAACUUGUAUGACCUAAUUGUGUUUAACAGUUUACAAUGAAGCUUUUGUUUAUGAUUAGGAUUUUACAAUUUUAUCCCCGUUGAGUUUGAGUUUUAAAAAUUUGGAUUGAAGAUUUAACUUAAGAUCCGUUAGCCUCAAAUAUAAAACUUAAAUAAAUACAGUCCACAGAAUUGAACUUUAUUUUAUUUUUUACUUGUUCAGGGUAUGCCAUUAGAGAAUAUCACAGUUUGUAUGACUCAGUUUAUGCAAAAAGCUAAAGAUUAACAAAGUUUGGAAAGAGAAAGAGACUAGAUAUAUUAUUUUCAAGUGCAUUCUGCUCUCAUAAAUAGAACUUAGGUAUUUAAGAGCCUUAUUUUUUCAAAUAUACCAAAUUUAUCAAUCACAUAUUUGACUCUUAUUUAAAUUUUCCAGAAUUCUGAUGUUGAACAGUUUGCAAAUACGUAAGUGGUUAGACAUACAUCUUUUGAGUCAGGUUCUUCUAUCCUGAGUAGACCUAUAUUUCCUUAGGGAUAUCUCAUGAUAUUAAAUUCUACCUUUCUCCAAAAUAUUUUGAGGAGCAGUGAUUGCCUAUUUAGUCUACAAAGGAGAUACAAUAAUAACCAAAGAGGACAGUAAGAAUAAUAACUUUUAUACAUGCUGCCUAUAUAUAGAUUUUAAAAGUGAUAACCUUUUGUUACAAGUUUUCAGCUAAUUUUUGUUAUGCAUUUUACAAAUUUUAACCAUGCCCCAGGAAUUUACACAUCCAAAGUUAAAGAAAUUACAUCAUAAGAUAUUAUUUUUUGAGAUUAGGAAGCAAAGAAAUGUAGAGAUAAAAUAUGUUAGAGUACAAAGUAGAUAGAGCUUAGAGAUUUUCAUCUCUUCAUUACAUUUUUUUAAAAUUUAAAAUACUUUUGUAACAAUUCUUUUCUAUCAGUGUUGGCCAGUUUCCAUUUUUAGUAUAACUCUAUCCUUCAUGUGCAAAUAUAUACAUGAAGUGAGUUAAAAGUAACAUAUUACUGAGCAAUGUCUAAUAAAUACUAAUGGAAUAUAGUAAGUUUUGACUGUUGAGCUGUACAGUCAGGGGAAGGUACUAACCAUUUUGAGGAGUGUGAAGAAUUUGUGUAUAAAAUAUGGUCCUUGUCUUUUUGAAGAACAAUCUGUAAAAUCACUAAGAGCAAUCUCUACAGGAUUUUUAGAUGUAAUUUUGGGUCAUACACAUUGAGCAUUUUCAGAAACUCUUAAAAGCUGAUGUACUGGGUAGUGAUUAUCUAUAGAUUCCAUGUAACAUGCUAAUGCAAUCUGCCGUGGUCAUCAAUUUAAAUCAAAUAAGCUGCAUAUUCUCUACUGGCAGUAAUUUCUGUAGGCUCCAUACCGGGAAGUUGUUUAAAAAGUGUCCUUUCCAUUAUCAUGAAGUCUAUCAUUUCUUGAUUAUAAGGAGAUGCAGGUACUUGUGGAGAAUCAUACCUCACAUCAAUGUCUAUAAUACUGUUACCUUCUGACAUAUACUUUAAUAGGAGAUGAACACUCACCUUCUUUCCCACAUGGAAGUACUGAGGAAUUUCCAAAAAAUCAGAGAGCAACCUCUGGCUAUGGAACAAAAGGAUAAUGAAGAAUUUCUCUUGAGUCCCAGGAGAGAUUCCUAGAAUGGGAAACCUGACUUCUGAAGAUUGAUGAGGAUUUCUGGUUAGCAGGGAGGCAAUGUCAGUUCCCCAUGACAUCAGGGGUGUCUCAUGCCUGACAUUCUAUUGUAUCCUGGAGACUUUAGAAUGUUAUCUGAUUUCACCUGUGUUGUAGCAACACCAACUGCCUUUGGACAGUUGGUUCAGUGCCCUUACAGUUCAGCCAUGAACAUGUUGGGAAGACUCAGGACUCUAUUGGGUCGAGAGAAAGGAGAGGGAAGAGAAACCAGAGAGAGGCAGACACAAGCUGGCCUUCAGCCAUUCCAAUGUGAACCAUCAAGAAAGAAAUGGUCCAGAAGACGGUACAGGGCAUCCAAGGAGCCACCACCCACUCCAACCAGCCUCACAAAGAAGCAAGUGAAGCAGAAGGUGGAGAGCCUGACCACUCAGCUCCGGGAGAUGUCCGCCCAUCGGAAUUAUCUGAGAGAUCGCCUUAUCUUAGUAACCGAAGGAUCCUUGGACAACAAGCCCUACCACAGGCCAAAUCCUUUCUGGGAAAAGCUCAAGAUGGAACAUCAGCAGGUCAUGUCACACCUGCAGAAGUUUGAGAAUGAGAAUUUGGAGGCGUCACAGAAGCUCAGUGAGCUGACCAAAGAGAAAGACUUCCUUUGUGAUCUGCAGAGCCGGCUCCUGAUGGAGCAGAGUCAGCUCAAAAAGAAAUUGGAUAUGCUGAGGCAACAGAAGGAGAACCUACUGGAGGAUUGUGUCGUGCUGAAGCACCACUUGGGUGACUUGCAAGUGCUCAGUAAGGAUCAAGAAGAGAUCAGUGACCUCCAGAACCAGCAACAGCAGGAGCAGCAAAGAAUGGAAGAGAGUCUCCAGAGCUUGCUGAAACAGAGGGAGCUUGUCACACAGCAAAAACACCUGACAAUAAAGCUGCAGCAUCGUUUGACUGUCUCCCAGAUGAGGUCAGAAAAUCUCCAACAGGAGCUGGAACAAUCCACAGCUCAAGAUGAGAGCCUCCUGCCGACAGAGCUGCUGCAGCAGGAGCACUAAGUGUCAUAAGCAACACCCUUUAUGAGAACUGAGGAGGCUGAAGGAAUCCAUUGUCAACUAGAAACCCUGACACUCUCCACUCUAUGAUCAAGGCCUCCUCAGAACAAGACAUGUACUACUAGUUGUGAAAUCACCAGUGAGGCAAAUAUCAUCUGCCCUGCAGGUCAUCCAUCCAUAAUCUGAUCCAUGUGUCUGUUGACUCAUUAGUUAUGGAAUAAAGAAACCAUCAAGAAGAUGCUUGAGAUUCAAAAAAUAAACACCAAGAGUUAUGCAGAAAAAGAUGACAUCUACCAGCAAGUGUUCCCAGUGAGGGCCACAACAACAUGGAGAGAAUAUGUUUCUGCUCAUAGUUACUCUGAAGUUUAUCACUACAAACUUUUGGUAGCUGACUGAGUGUUGAGCCUUUCAUAUGUGGAGGGAGAUAUGUCAACAGAGACUGUGUUGAUGUCAUGCUGCUAUCCAGACAGACCACACAAAGGAAGCAUCAUAUUCUCACUCCAGUCCAUUGUGGGAACUACUCAAUUUCAUGCACAUGUGAUGGUGAAGUGAAUUGUUCUGAGAGAUGAUUUAGGAAGGAUGUCACCAUGAGAUGUUAUGUCUUUUGGUAACAGAUGCUCCCCGUGUCAUUUUUUGCUCUUGAAUGGGCACACAGACACAGGUUGGCAGACAGAAUCAUAUAGUGGCCAACAUGGUAUAAGAUCAACUUUGGCAAGGACUUAACCUAGAAGCCCCAAAGUGGCAUGACCACACUUGUCUUGAAGAGGGUAUUUCAAUUCAGGGUUGUCUUCCAACUUGUGUCCAAAGCCAGCCACAGAGUGUAGGACAUCUGCAUGAAGAGAAAGCUUCUUAUGUAAAUAGUUUUGGUUUGUUUUGGGGUUUGCAUGAACUUAGGUUUUGUUGUUCUUUGUUUUGUUUUGCUGUUUUUUUAUUUUUUUGGUCUUUGUUCUUUCUUUGAUUUUAUAUUUUGCUAAUGCUAUACACUGGAUAUACUAAGCAUCCCUUUAAGGCCCUAUUCAUUCAAAUUUCUGUUAUUUCACAAAUAAAAAAUAAUUUCCAACUCUUCA